UAUGUUUUGCUCUAGAUUGAUGGUUACCAUAGCAACCACCAACAGUCAGCUCGUCCCCCUUUUCUGUUACCAUCUCCAGCUGUGGUAUGUCUUACGACCAGGGGCAGAAGCUGCUGGACUGACCUUAAACUUCACUUUUUCUCUUGUUAGAAUAAAUAGUGUGAGCCUUAAUGUGCCUGUUGUGAGGUCGAGUUACUGGACUGGAGACAAACACCUGGACAGACUCAGAAUCCGACAGAACAAUGACUUCCUGUUUCGAACAAACCAAGCAGGAAGUGAAGCUCUUUUAACCAGAGUAGUUGUGAGUUUGGUUUGCUGAUGAGCAGAUGAAGAUCGUAAUCUUACUGAUGGAGGGACGUGGAAGUGUGACGGCCACCCUGUCUGAGGACAUGCUGACGGUGCUGACAGUCAACUUGUUACUGAGUGUCUCAUUUCUUUCAGGAAGACUGACUGGAUGUGAAGAAGACAAAGGCCUCAUCUUCACUGCACCUAGAGAGAUCGAGGCACUGAGUGGAGCCUGUUUGCAAAUCCCUUGUAGCUUUACAGUGAAACCACAGCAUAAGUUCAAUCCUGGGAGAAAAACAUUUGGAGUUUGGUUAAAACCUGGAGCCCCAUUUCUCAACAGUCCAGAAAACGUGGUUUACAACAGCAGUCAGCUGAAAAACAAAUAUGACAUGAGCAUUACUGGAAACCUGACGGAGAAGAACUGCACCACUGUGUUUUAUAACAUAAACUCAGCACAAGCAGACAAAUACUUCUUCAGGAUUGAGAACGGGCCGUUCAAAAUAAGCGCUUUUUGUAAGGGUGUUAAUGUAAACGUUAGAGAUUCUGCUUGGAGACCCAGGAUUGAAAUCUCAGGUGACAUGAAGGAGAUGAACUCUGUCAGUAUAACGUGUUCAGCUCUCACUCCCUGUCCACAAUCACCUCCUACACUCACCUGGAACCUCGAAUCAGACCACAGCAGACUGACAGAGAAGAACACGGACGGAACGUUUACAGCUAAAAUCCAGAAGAACAUCACGCUGUCAGACACACAUGAUGGAUUCAACAUCACCUGCUUCGUCAUAUAUCCUGUGGAUGGAGGGAAAUACAAGUUCGCAAAGGCAGAAGAGACGCUCAGUGUUUCGUAUGCUCCCAAAAAUACUUCAGUUUCCAUCCGUUUGUCAGAAAAUGGUUGGGUGAACAUGACGUGCUCCAGCAGCGCCAAACCUCCCGUCAGCCUCUUCACCUGGUUCAGGAACAGCACAAAUGGAAAAAUGCAAGUAGCCAAAGGAGACGUUUAUGGACUCAAUAUCACUGAGGAGGGGAUUUAUCACUGUGUGGCCACCAACGAUCUUGGUAAUCAGACAUCUCCAGAGGUUCAUCUUACUGGUCCACAAAAAGGGAACAUGGAGGAUGAUGAACUUUCUGAAAGAAAAGGAAUCAUAAAUACUCCAGUUAAGACUUCACUUGUGUCAGCAUUAGGAGUUUUUGCACUUGGCUGCCUGAUCAAAAUCUUCAUGUGGUUUCUUAAGGUCAAACAUCUAUCUCCAAAAAAUCCCCAAAUAGGACUACUGUCUUUAAAUGCGAGUCAGAAGAGCUGAUGUUGGAUAUGAGAAUCUUAACUCCUGGAUAAAACAGACCAGGAGUCUGAGAGGCAGCAGGCAGUCGCAGGAGACGACCUACACACAAUCAGUCUCCAUGUCAAAAAGCAGCUGAGCAAGUGAAUAAACAUUGACCUCUCUCUGAC